AUAAACAUAACCAUUUUACAUUUCAAUUUCAAUCGUAGGGACACUCAAGGACCCCGCAAAGCACGGCCAGUCCAGAGACCCGAUUGACACUAGAUAAAACACGCCACAAACCUCGUCUAUUUCUACAAUUUAUCUUCUUGAUUUUUAACCUAACCCUAACCACACUGCUAACAUUAUGCCUAACCCUUACCUUAAAUUAAGACCAAAAAGUAAAUGUUGGUUUUCGUACAUUUUUAACAUAUAGACCGAUUUUACUUUGUGGCUGUGGUAACUAACGGAAACGCAGAGACCCCACCUCCGUCUCGACUUUUUCUAUUGGUUGAUCAUCUUACGGGUACCCAAGAGAGACAGUCUUAGCAAAUGGAACUUCAUUUUUGACAUCACUCUGCAUUUGUUAUUUUCACCAAACUAGAGCAUGUUUUAGUUUUAUAAUUUCAUAGAAUAGCAGUCCCACCGAUCAACUCUAGUUAAUACUUAUUAUAAAAUGCAGUAUCGUAACUAGCUAAGGCUUAAUUGGUAAAUCAAAACAAUCGAUUUCAUAAAGACAAACGCUUAUCAUUUCCUCAUUCGGCUGCUACUGGACAGUUUGUUAGACAGCAGACAUGUUUGCUGUCCUGAAAGUUCAAACCCUACAGGGUCUAAGAAUAUUUCAACAGAAAUGUAUAUGGACCAAAGGAUCAGUACGGUUUGCCUCAGUUGGGCAAGGCAGGAUAGAGAAAGUACUCAUUGCCAACAGAGGAGAGAUUGCCUGCCGUGUGAUGCGAACAGCGAAGAAGAUGGGUGUGCGCUCUGUGGCAGUAUACAGUGAUGCAGACCGAGAUUCCAUGCAUGUGGCCAUGGCAGAUGAGGCCUAUAACAUUGGGCCAGCUGCAUCCCAGCAGAGUUACUUGUCAAUGGAGAAAGUCUUGGAAGUUGCCAAGAGAUCUGGAUCACAUGCUGUCCAUCCGGGAUAUGGCUUCCUGUCAGAGAACACAGAGUUUGCUGAGGCGUGCAAACAGGAGGGUAUCAUUUUCAUUGGUCCUCCAUCAUCUGCCAUCAGAGACAUGGGUAUCAAAAGUACAUCAAAAUACAUUAUGUCAGCUGCGGGUGUUCCUAUCAUCGAGGGUUACCACGGAGACGACCAAUCAGAUGAGAAGCUCCAAGCUGAGGCUGUUAGGAUCGGCUACCCAGUGAUGAUAAAGGCUGUGCGUGGCGGGGGUGGUAAAGGAAUGCGCAUUUCACACACCGCUGAAGAUUUCCAUGAGCAGCUUGAGUCUGCGAGACGAGAGGCUCGCAAGUCCUUCAACGAUGACGUCAUGCUAGUGGAGAAAUUUGUAGAAGACCCCAGACAUGUGGAGGUCCAGGUCUUUGGGGACCAGCAUGGAAAUGCUGUCUACCUGUUUGAGAGGGACUGCAGCGUGCAGAGAAGGCACCAGAAGAUCAUUGAGGAAGCGCCAGGGCCUGGUAUAAGCAAGGAGGUGAGGUGGAAACUGGGAGAGGCAGCGGUGAGAGCAGCCAAAGCCGUCAACUAUGUGGGAGCAGGCACUGUGGAGUUCAUCAUGGAUGCACAGCACAACUUCUACUUCAUGGAGAUGAACACACGUCUGCAGGUGGAGCACCCUGUGUCUGAGAUGAUCACUGGAACUGACCUGGUGGAGUGGCAGCUCAGGGUGGCUGCAGGUGAGAGGCUGCCCCUCCUGCAGGACGAGAUCGAACUGGUGGGCCAUUCAUUUGAGGCCAGGAUAUACGCUGAGGACCCCAACAAUGACUUCCUCCCUGGGGCAGGACCCCUCCUUCAUCUGUCUACACCCCCGGCAGACGAAUACACACGCAUCGAGACGGGCGUCAGGGAAGGAGAUGAAGUGUCAGCCCACUAUGACCCCAUGAUCGCUAAACUGGUGGUGUGGGGAGAAGACCGAUCUGCUGCUCUGAAGAAGCUCAGAUACUGUCUACGCCAGUACAACAUUGUAGGACUCAACACCAACAUUGACUUCUUGCUGAAUCUGUCUGGGCAUCCAGAGUUUGAGGCGGGGAAUGUGACCACCAGCUUCAUCCCCCAGCACUAUGAGCAGCUGUUCCCUAAACCCAUCCCUCACUCCAGGGCCACACUGUGUCAGGUUGCCCUGGGCCUGCUCCUCAGAGAGAGGGCCAGCACUCAGACCUUCAGAGACAAGUCCAACGAUCCCUUCUCUCCUUUUGCCUGCAGUAACGGCCGGAGGGUGAACAUCCUAUACAGUAGGAAUAUGACCCUCCAGCUGGGUGAAACUAAAGUGGAAGUAACGGUUACAUACAAUUCAGAUGGGACUUAUUCUAUGGAGAUUGGAGGGGAAGUGUUCCAGGUGUCAGGGGAGGUGGAGACAGAGGGACAGACAUCAUUCCUGCACUGCUCUGUCAACGGGGUGAAGUCCCGGCCCAAACUGGUCAUCCUUGAUAACACAGUACACCUCUUCUCUAUGGAGGGCAGCGCAGAGGUGAGCGUUCCAGUGCCCAAGUUCCUGGCUGGUGUGAGCACAGGAGCACAGGGAGGAGCUGUGGCACCCAUGACCGGGACCAUUGAGAAGGUGCUGGUGAAGGCAGGUGACACUGUGCAAAUGGGAGAUGCCUUGAUGGUGAUGAAUGCCAUGAAAAUGGAGCACACCAUCCGAGCACCUAAAGCUGGAGUUAUCAAGAAGGUGUUUUUCAAAGAGGGCUCCCAGGCCAACCGACACGCAGCCCUGGUUGAGUUUGAGGAAGCUGCUGAAGAGGAAUAAUCUCGUGUGAAUAUCCAUGUGUGAACCUUCAGUUACUGUAGAAGUCAUAGGAGAGAGGCAUUUACUAUAGGAGUUGCAAACUGCUGUACCAUCACUACAGGUCCAUGUGGAUCACAUUGUACACAGUAUGAGAUGACAGAAAAUUCCCUUUAACAAUACUGGUAUAUUUGCUUUGGGUUAUUUUAUCAGAUGGCUGUAUGAAAGUAGACAUCUGGCUUUUGUACUGUCCUCUGCAAAGUGCUCUUGUAGUCUGUUUCUCUAUGUAGUGUGGUUCAUGGUACUACUGUAACCACUAAACCACUAGCUUUUUGGUGGGUGUUCUUGCUCUUCCUCUCCUUCAAACUGUUUUUUUUUUCUUCUAGCUUCACUAUAGUCAAGGUCCCAUAUGCUCUCGUCAAACCUAAGGAGUUUGAAUGAUGGCACAAAUGGGUCUAGCACUCAGGCUACAUCUCAUGAUUCACUCCAGGCUGUGAAAUUCAAAUAAGGGAUAUUUGCUAACAGCCUCACCUCACAGGCCUACCACAUUGUGUUUAAUGACCAGAAUCUGGUUACUUUACAGUCCAAUAGGUAAUACCAGGGCAAAGAUGGCCUGCCUUCUGAAUUCAUAUAACACGGUCAUCUCUCAUAUCAUGUGACAUACAAAAUAGAUAGACCAUCAAAUAACCAAGAAGAGAGAAGGGCCAGAGCACGUGUUUUUAUAGGUGUUGUAAUAUGUUAGUGUUGUCUACUAAACUGUGCGGUCAUCCAUUAUUCACGUUGAUUUGUAAUUAGCUGAGGGUUGUCAAAUUGUUUUUCUAAAAGAUCAUUUCAGAUAAAUUCUCUAAAUGUC